GCGGUAAUGCACCGUAUAGCUCUUGGUCGAACGAUAUAAACAGACGAAGAAGAUGCUAGUUAUGGCUGUUCCGUGACUGAAGCUUCAAAACCCACAACAGCUACAGCAAUGAAUCAUUUGUGAGCGUUAUUAGGUGCAUUGUUGCUGUUUAGUGACAGUAUGAUGUCACACAGGAAGAAAGGUCGUUCGGACAUGUGGGGGCACUUUAAAUUAAUCGCUCCUGAUAAGGUAUGACAGCAUAGCUACUGAUCUGAUGUCCUAUGUCCGGUGCUUGUUGUGUGUAGCUGAGCUGAAGUAUCAUGGGAAUACCUCCUCUAUGAUUAGGCACUACGCUAGCAAGCAUGGAUCUACAUUAAACCAGGGGGAGAUAAAUAAAGUGGAUGAGAAGCCUGACCUAGAUGAGGCUCUGGUGAACAUGCUGGUAAAAGAGCCAGAGCCCUUCUCCAUAGUGGACACAUUGCUUUUGAAUGACACUGAAGAGCCACCCAGGAAGAAAGUUCGCUCUGACAUGUGGGAAUAUUUUAAACACAUCAGUCCUGAUCAGGUCCGGUGCUCCUUGUGUUCAGCAGUGCUAAAAUAUCAUCAGAAUACUUCCUCUAUGGUUAGACACUACACUACCAAGCAUGGAGGUCCGGUCAACCAAGGGAAGACAAAUAAAGAAGACCGGAAACGAGUGUUGGAUGAGGCUCUUGUGAACAUGCUGGUGAAAGAUUCACAGCCUUUUUCCAUUGUGGACGACUGUGGUUUCAAGGAGUUUGUGGCACUGCUUGAUCCCACAUACACUCUUCCAUCCAAACAGGCGCUAAAGCAAAUGGUAAUCCAGCGUUAUGGGGGACAGAAGAAUACGAUCAAAGGUCAUGCAGAAGAUGAGGACUCCGACACGGACUGCUAAUGCAAUCAUCUGGACGCAGCUCUAGCGGUUAGCCUGAGAUUAUGUGAUGGAUUCAUGCAAACUGAUUAAAAGGCUUUGGGAAUGGUCCCUUUCCCUGAAACUCAUACAGCUGGUAGCAUCUUUGCUAUCACAGGAUCUCUAGUGAAGAAAUGGAGCAUCAAAAGCACGGCAACCUUAUUAUGAUCUAAGCUGAUAUGGUUAAUUCUGUUUGAAGUCUCAGUCUGUGAACUUUUUCUUAAUUUAAAUCAACUCAAACAGGGGAGGUUAACAAAAAAAUGACAACAAAAGGGAAGCUCAAACAAGUGAAAUCUACGAUUAAUUUUUGAAAAUAAAAGUUAUUUUGGAGGUGGGCACGCGCUGGAUCAAAUUUUCUCAUCGUACCAGAUCUUUUCCAAGACGGACAGCCAGUGGGAGUGCCAACAACAGACUGAGAACUAACUGUCUGAGGAGAAGAAAGUGAAAGUUUUCCAUACGACAAAAAUGUUUAUACUUAUGAAAGUAUGUUUGGCAGCAUGAGAUUUUACAUUUGCAGAUAACGUCCAACAUUUAGACAUUUUCAUUGGUCAUCAAUAGAGGGCAGAUGGUUUUUAUGAAGAGGGCUGUUUGUAUCCUCUUGGAGUUGGAUUCAUCAUUCAACAGCCCCAGAGGCAGUGCAUACCCUGGACUUAAAAUACAUGUAAAGCAGGGAUCCUUCACACUAGGACAAAAAUGAAACCAGAACACUCACUGGUUUUACCAUAAAUUACUCCUUGUU